AUGUGGUCCAGCCUGAACGAAUGGUUCUGGUCAGAGAAACUCUGGCUUCGGCCCAACAAUACAUGGGCUGACCUGGAGGACCGUGAUGGCCAGGUCUAUCCCCAUCCGCGGGACCUACUAGCUGUCUUGUCCAUGGCACUUGCCCUGUUGGCCCUUCGCUUUGCCUUUGAGAGAUUCAUUGCUCUGCCCCUCAGCCAUUGGCUGGGGGUACGGGAUCAGAUUUGGCGGCAAGCCAAGCCCAUCCGUGAGCUGGAGAGACACUAUGUCACAGCUGGACCGAAACCCAAGGAGGCCCAAAUGGUUCUCCUCGCUGCCCAAUGUGGGCUCACACUGCAGCAGACUCGACGCUGGUUCUGCAGACGCCGCAACCAGGACCGACCCCCACUGAGCAAGAAAUUCUGUGAGGCCAGCUGGAAGUUCACCUAUUACCUUUUCGUCUCCUUUGGUGGUUUUUUCAUCCUCUACCACGAGUCCUGGCUGUGGAAAUCAGUUAUGUGCUGGGACAACUACCCAAAUCAGCCCCUGAAGCCUACCCUGUACUGCUGGUACCUCCUGGAGCUGAGUUUUUACAUCUCGCUGCUCAUCAUGCUGCCAUUCGACAUUAAGCGCAAGGACUUCAAGGAGCAAGUGGUGCACCAUUUCGUGACCAUCACCCUGAUCGUCUUCUCCUACAGCUCCAACCUGCUGCGUUUAGGCUCACUGGUGCUGCUCUUGCACGACUGCUCUGACAUCCUGAUGGAGGCCUGUAAGUUGUUCCACUAUGCGCAGUAUCAGAACGGGUCCACUGUUCUCUUCUUCAUCUUCACCUUUGUCUUCUUCUGCACGCGCCUGGUGAUCUUACCCACCCAGAUCCUGUACACCCUCUACUUUGAUUUCAUCGAGGGCAGCAGCCCCUUCUUCGGCUACUACUUCUUCAACGGGCUCCUGAUGAUGCUUCAGGUGCUGCAUGUCUUCUGGUUCUCCCUCAUUCUGCGCAUGAUCUACAGAUUAAUAUGGAAGGGGAAGGUACGUGGAGACAUGGCAGGAGUUCGCAGUGAUGUGGAGGAGUCAGAUUCGAGUGAUGGUGAAGUAGUCAAGAAAAAACCUCCAUUGAAAAAUGGGGUGGUCCACCGGCCAGGGGUGACCACCUUUGAUAUGCUUUGGAGCUGGGCAGCAACACAUCGGGACACACAAAAUUUCUCUCGCAGCUGA